AGAAAUCUAACAUUGAAAUAUUUAAGAAAUGAAUGCCUCUGUAUUUUUGGAAUAAAAUUGUGAGUUUAUGUGGAAGAAAUGCUGUGGCUGUUCUCAGACUCUCUUACAAACUGAUUUCAAUGUUUCAGUGUUGAGUCAUCUUGUGUUGAGUAACAGAAGUUCUGCUGUUCGCUGAUCAAUGUGACAGUCUUCAGUAGUUUACGAGAUGAGCCAGCCUCGUGGGAAAUAUGACUUCUGUAUCGGUCUGGUGUUGGCUAUGAGUUCCAGCAUAUUCAUCGGAGGAAGUUUCAUCCUGAAGAAGAAAGGCCUUCUCCGGUUAGCUAGGAAAGGCUCCAUGAGAGCAGGUCAAGGUGGUCAUGCAUACCUUAAGGAGUGGCUGUGGUGGGCUGGACUUCUUUCAAUGGGAGCUGGCGAAGUAGCUAACUUUGCUGCCUAUGCUUUUGCACCAGCUACGUUAGUGACUCCUUUAGGAGCUCUCAGUGUUCUUGUAAGUGCCAUUCUGUCAUCCUUCUUUUUAAAUGAAAAACUUAAUCUGCAUGGAAAAAUGGGCUGUUUGCUAAGUAUACUGGGAUCAACUGUGAUGGUAAUUCAUGCUCCACAAGAGGAGGAGGUAGAAACUUUGAAUGAAAUGUCUCACAAACUAGGUGAUCCAGGUUUUGUGGUCUUUGCAACUCUUGUUGUCAUUGUGUCUUUAAUUCUAAUAUUUGUGGUGGGACCUCGCCAUGGACAGACGAACAUUCUCGUGUACGUAACAAUUUGCUCUGUCAUUGGAGCGUUAUCAGUCUCCUGUGUAAAAGGUUUGGGCAUCGCUAUAAAGGAACUUUUUGCAGGAAAACCAGUGCUGAAGCAUCCCUUGUCUUGGAUUCUGCUGCUAAGCCUUAUUGUCUGUGUGAGCACGCAGAUCAACUACUUAAACAGGGCUCUGGAUAUAUUCAACACUUCGAUAGUGACUCCGAUAUAUUACGUAGGCUUUACAACAUCUGUUUUAACUUGUUCUGCCAUCCUUUUCAAGGAAUGGCAACACAUGGCGGCUGAUGACAUCAUUGGCACCUUCAGUGGCUUCCUGACUAUUAUUGUGGGGAUCUUUUUAUUGCAUGCCUUCAAAGAUGUUAAUUUCACCAUAGCAAAUCUGCCCCUCUCUUUGCGGAAAGAUGAUAGAGCAGCAAACGGCACCUUGCCGAGCACGUACGACUGCUUUGAUCACGAUGAAGAAAGUUCUCCCUGUCUGGGUGAAAUACAAUCCACCGAGAGUCUCUCGGCCAGGAGAAAUGGAAGUCUGUCAGCCUUCUGAAAAUACCUACGUGUUACUUAAGAACAAUUCUGUAACUCUGGAAUUUUUUUUCUGCUGUGGAAGUCUGAGCUUGUCUGGAAAAUCAUGUACUUUUUAACAGUAUGUGUAGACAAUCGUUAAUUUUUAAGUUAAGUUGGAUUAGUUUGGGUAAAGAACACUGAAGGGGUUUUUAUUUGCCUUAUUUUUACUGCAAAAGAUACUAAAAUGACCUCAGACCACAGUUGGGUGUGUUGCUUAAGUUAUAUGUAAAUACUUUCAUUUCAUUCUUCUGUUUUAAGAUGUGUUGCACUAAUGAUGAUUUUAUCAAAAAUAAAUUGCUUUAUUUCUGCAGUGGUGG